AGAGCGCAGAGCUCCGCCCCUUUCCUGCAAUUACCAGUUGCUCAAUACUUCUGUAGAAAAUCUGUGAUAAGCUUUUGAUUCGCUUAUUGAGCAGCCUUGAUACGACAGGUCACUGAAGGGCAGAAAGGAAGCGGCGUGUCAGUCAGAGAUUGAACCCAGCAGUCAAAAUGGCAGACAGCGGGAAAACUAAUGAGGCUGGAGCUGCAGCAACUGAACCAGCUAAUGGAGAGCAGCAGAAUGUGGUUGCCAGAGUGAGCCACUUGCCAUUGGUCAGUUCAGCCUGCGAGGCCGUGUCCAGCGCUUACAGUAGCACCAAAGACAGCGUCCCCAUGCUGAAGGGGGUGAUGGAUGCUGCGGAGACUGGGGUCCGAACACUGGGAGCAGCUGCAGGCACGGGGUCCAAACCUGUUUUAGACAUGAUCGAACCACAGCUCGCCAUGGUGAAUGAGUAUGCCAUGAAAGGUCUGGAUAAGAUGGAGGAGAAGCUGCCGAUUCUUCAUCAGCCAGCUGACAAGGUGGUGUCAGACACUGUAGGGAUGGUGUACCAGUCAGUAGCAGGGGCCAAAGAUGCGAUGCUGGGCGCCAUGAUGAGUGGAGUGGAGCUGACCCGGGCAGCGGUCAGCGGAGGUAUCAACACUGUCAUGAGCACCAGGAUGGGCCAGAUGGUCAGCAGUGGGAUGGGCCUGGCCCUCAGCCGAUCUGAAGACUGGGUUGAUCACAACCUGCCACUUACUGAGAGGGAGCUGGCUGCUGUGGCUGAGCCUGCCAACUUGGAGGUGUCAACCGCUUCAACCAGCCCUAGUUACUUUGUCCGUCUGGGGAAACUCUCUGCCAAAGUGCAGGAGCGAGCUCUGGAACAGUCUCUGGUCCGUGCACGGAAGGCCAGGGAUGCUACUUAUGCAGCGGUGGCUCAGAUUACCAGCACCCUGGACCUGGUGGAGAGUGCCCGUUCCAGUCUGGGUACGGCUGGUAACCAGUUAGCAGGAGCCUCAGAGCAGCUGCUGCAUCGCUGGGCUGAGUGGAAGCAAAAAAAGGAGGGAGAGGAAGCGACUGAGUCAGAACCAGAUGAGUCCAAACAUGAGCCUGAGGAGCUGGAGACUCGGGCCCUUUCUAUGGUGCAAGGCCUGAGUGACCAACUAAAGGCGUCAUGCUCAAGCGUGGUGUCCAGUGCUCAGGGUCUGCCAGGGACGGUCCAAGAACAGUUGACCAGUGCUCGGUUAGCCGCUGAAGAACUACAGUCCUCCCUGAGAAAUGCCAGCAGCCUAACUCCGGUUCUGCUAGAGCGGAGCCGCCACCAUCUAAAACAAGUUCAGCAUUCACUGGACGGAGUCAUGGAGUAUUUGCUACACAACACGCCACUCAAUUGGCUAGUGGGACCAUUUGUCGCCCAGAAGACUGAGAGCGAACAGGAGGAUGUGAUGAUGGAGCAGACUAGCCCAAACAACUAGAGCUAAAGAUUUUGCGAGCUUACAGUUUUGUUUCUUUUAACAGAAGUUUCUUGAAUAUGGAAAUAUUUUUUAAAACGUCUGUGUUGAAACACUCCAUAUGGUUAAUUUAAUACCAUCAUUAUCUUCAUGCUUUUAAUUGACAAAAAAAUUACACUAUAUUGAUCUCACAGUAUUUACUACAUUUAACACUGAAAGAUGGUUUUCCUGAUUUUUUUGCACUGUUUUGUUUUCUUUCUGUCAAGUACGAACACAUCCGUUUUAAGAUGGUACUUUUGUUGACAUUCUAGUCAUUCCAACAAUGGAUUCAGGAACAGGAUGGUAGGGAAGUUGAGUGCACAGUUCACUUGUUGUUGGGUUAAUAACAUUUAUGAUUAUGUUUCAUGUAAUUGAUCUGUCACUGAGAAAUAUUGAUUAAAUUUUAAACACA